AUGAUCAAGGCAAUCUUUUACAGCAAAUUCGACACGCAAGAGGGCCCGAAAGUCGUGCAUCAAGUUCCCGACGGCGCAAUCGUUCCCUCAUCCACCGCGCCCGGGCAACCUCUCUUCUUGACCUUCUCCGAUAUCUCGUUCUUCGUCAUCCCGCGCCAAGAGCUUUGUGGAAAUCUGCUGCAGGUUUGCACGAAUGGCUACCGCAUCUUGGGCUAUCCCAUUUGUAUGAAAUCAGACCGAUAUGCCCGCAAUGAAUUCAUCUUCAACUUUUGCAUUGUCCUGGCGGAGGAGGACGAUUUCAGUCAAUACAAGAGCGUGGUGCAGAAGCUUGCGGACCUGAUGCAUGCAUUGGAAGAGCAGAGCGGAUUUUUGUCCAGGGACUUCUCAAAGACUGGUGAAGGAAAGGUCUACAGUCUCUGCGAGAUGUUGAUGGAGGACUUGAAUAAUUAUUGCGAGUGCAUGAUCCCAAUCGACGAGCUCAAUACCUUGAACAUCAAAUUGUUCCCUAUCUACCCAUCUCCUCCAUCUGUCAAAGCUUGGCAGGUGCCUUUAUUUACAGUCCGAUACCAGGCCUUCAUGGAUGAGAAUUGGGAUCUUUCUCUUCAACGCAUUGUUCCCCAUAUCAAUGGUGUCAAUAGCAUUCGGAUUAUUUCAAUCCUCGCCGAUACCGACUUCUCUUUGACAUGUCGAGCAAUCCGACACUUGUUGUACUAUGGAUGUCUUUUUCUCUUGGACAUCUUUUCUUUUUCUGCCAUCUAUGCACCGACUGCUCAAUUCAAUCUCACCAUUGGCUCAGAUGAAGCCAUGCAGCUUGAGUGCGCGAGAUAUGUGAACACUCGAUUUGCACCACAUCAACCCGUGGGCCCUCGCACUCCAGUUCCACCCCAGUUGAUGCCAGGUGCAUCAAGCGCUCACGGCGCAAGUUCUCCUGGGGUCGGACCACUGGCCAGCUCGUCCCACGAACCUGCAACAAGCUUCGCUCAUGACGAAUCCCGCUUCGAUGCUGAAGAAAUCUGGCCUUUACUGGGCGAUCGAGACGACGGCUCAGCCGCAACAGUCACCGACGCACCAGAGGACGAUGGUGUCCUUGCAGGACAAGGCCCCAGGGUCGUCGAUGGAGUAGGUAUCGUGGAGCUAUACGCUGCUCUGAGGCAAGGCCAGAGUGUCAAACAGUGGUAUUCGCAGCACAGCCGCCAGCUUGCCAACAUUGACAUUCGCCGCUUCAUCACAUUUGGCGUCAUCAAGGGGUUCAUCUAUCGAGUGCACAAGUAUGCAUGCGCUACAGGCCAACCUGCUCCAACCACGCGGUCCUCAUCUUCCAUGAUGCAUUUGAAUUCCUCCACAGGACCAUCCUCCCGUGCCACGACGGGAUACAACACACCUUACGCAGCAUCUAGUGUCGGCGAAGAUGCCCCCAUCUCGACUCACCGAGGCGGUAGUGGUGAAAGAGUGGGAGUCCUUCACGGCGAGCAUCGUGGUAACACGGUGUCGGGCAGUGGCCCCUCUGGAGUUUUUGAGGAUGAUGAGGACGAUGACAUUGAUGAUCGGACUCUGUCAAAGUACCUCGAUGGUACGCACAGCUUUGACCAAAUCUGCACAGAGCUAGAGACCAGCGAGCGCGAAUUGACGAAGCGUUUGAAGAGGUACCCGGGUGAGGUCUUGAUCAUUCAUCGAUAG